ACGUUAAAUGUGGGUGGAGUUUGAAUUUGGCCAGAGUCUCCCCUUCCCUCGUUACAUCACUGUGAACAUCUGGGCAACGUGAAGUGGCGCAGCAUCACCCUUAUAACUACAUCCACGAUGGCAGCCGAUGCUGUGAGAAAGCGCCACAAGGGCAGCUCUAACGGAUCAGCGGCAGGGCCGAGAGAUCAGGGACAGGAGCCGGCUCAAUGGGGAAGAGCAUGGGAGGUGGACUGGUUCUCUCUGACCGCUGUGAUCCUGCUGCUGUGCUUCGCCCCCUUCAUCGUGUUUUUCUUCAUCAUGGCGUGUGAUCAGUACCAGUGCUCCAUCAGCCAUCCGGUACUGGACCUCUACAACGGUGACGCCACCCUGCUCAGCAUCUGGAACCGGGCCCCUUCCUUCACAUGGGCCGCGGCCAAGAUCUACGCCGUCUGGGUCACGUUCCAGGUGGUGCUGUACAUGUGCGUUCCAGAUUUACUGCAUAAGAUCCUUCCAGGCUACGUUGGAGGAGUUCAGGACGGGGCCCGGACACCUGCAGGUUUGAUUAAUAAGUACGAGGUCAACGGUCUGCAGUGCUGGGUAAUCACUCAUGUUUUGUGGGUGGCUAACGCUCAAUACUUCCACUGGUUUUCACCAACCAUCAUCAUUGACAACUGGAUCCCUCUGUUAUGGUGCACCAACAUCCUCGGCUAUGUCGUGUCCACUUUCGCUUUCAUCAAGGCUUAUCUGUUCCCCACCAACCCGGAGGACUGUAAAUUCACAGGCAACAUCUUCUACAACUACAUGAUGGGAAUCGAGUUCAACCCUCGUAUAGGAGAAUGGUUCGACUUCAAGCUUUUCUUCAAUGGCCGGCCGGGUAUCGUGGCGUGGACUCUGAUUAACUUAUCCUAUGCUGCCAAACAGCAGGAGCUGUACGGUUACGUGACUAACUCCAUGAUCCUGGUCAAUGUUUUGCAAGCCAUCUAUGUUUUGGACUUCUUCUGGAAUGAAGCCUGGUACCUCAAGACUAUAGACAUCUGCCAUGAUCAUUUCGGCUGGUACCUGGGCUGGGGAGACUGUGUGUGGCUCCCGUUCCUCUACACACUGCAGGGUCUUUACCUGGUCUACAACCCUAUCCAGCUUUCUACAGCCCACGCCACAGGCGUCCUAAUCCUGGGUCUGGUGGGCUACUACAUCUUCCGCUCAACCAACCACCAGAAAGACCUUUUCCGUCGCACCGAGGGUAACUGCAAAAUCUGGGGGAAGAAGCCCACCUUCGUGGAGUGUUCGUACCGAUCGGCCGACGGCGGCCUCCACAAGAGCAAACUGAUGACCUCAGGGUUUUGGGGAGUGGCUCGCCACAUGAACUACACGGGCGACCUGAUGGGCUCGCUGGCGUAUUGCAUGGCCUGUGGUGGAGGUCACUUACUGCCCUAUUUUUACAUCGUCUACAUGACCAUCCUACUAGUACACCGCUGCAUUCGCGAUGAGCACCGCUGUGGAAACAAGUACGGCAAGGACUGGGAGCGCUACACCAGUGCUGUGCCCUACCGUUUGCUGCCGAACAUCUUCUAGUGCGGCCCACCAUAUCCCAGAUCGUUUUUCAGCCACGUACUGGAAAGCACUUUGAAUAGUUAUUUUCUGUGGCUCUUUGUACUUAUUUGUUAACAGCUAGCUCUUUUGUGGGAGUGUGCGUGGAAGGUUUUACAAAGAUUUUUAGUCGGUGAGUGAGUGCGAGCGUAUGAAUAUAUCAGUACAAGAUUAUCAAAGUGACACUAUACAUUACAGAAUGACACUAAAACUCAAUCUUUUUUUCAGAAGACUCACUGUAAUAUCUCAUUAUUGUUCUGGAUGUUAAUAGGCCUUUGUCACACUUCCUACUAGGGAUACAGAACUUCCAGUCAACAGUAUUUCGCGAUAAGGAUUUAGAUUAUCGGCCCUAAUGUCUAAAAUAUCAUCUGAGGUAGACUGACCACAAGCUAUGAGGUUGUGAAACGAAGGUUUUUGCUCCUGUUGAAGCUAUACGUUUGUAUGAAAUCAAGCUUAUAUGUUUUAUCCGCGAUCUUAUGGGAAAAAAAACUACAUUACCCACAAUUCUAAGCGUAGUAGCAACGUCUGCUGAUUGGUCCAACUCGCUGUUCCCAUAGAAACGUUUACCUUACUGGCGAACGGCUACCCGCAGCUGUUGUUGUAGUGUGAGUGUCCCGCGUUGCUCUGCAUCAGGACUUAGACAGCCAUACCUCAGCUUUCACGCGUUCCCACUUGAGAGUUUUCAUUUACCAUCCGAACCACAUCGUCAUAUGUGUGACUUCAGGCAGGUUGCGGAGAGAUUUGGUCCAGCGGUAUCCAUCGGACUCCAUCAUUGUAAAAAGCUAACCGGAAGAGGCGUAUCCCUACUAAAAGACGUGUCGUCAAAUUUUUCGUGACAUAGGCCUAUAUGUUAGAUAAGUCCAGAAAUGCUCCGACUGCAGAUUAUUCUAUUCAUAUUUUUCUACCAACCAAACUACUGAAAUAAAAGUUUCUCACUUUG